AAACAGGAUUAAUAGUAAAUCUUUUAACAGUGGAAUUCUCCACGCAUUUUCAGCCGGAUUCACGUAAAUCAUGUUUGACUUUACUAGAGACUUGUUCAAGGACAGUUUAUCUACAUAGGUUUCAUUUGCAAUAUUAGAUAAAUUCUUACAUAAUUUUGUUCUUUGGUCAUUUUUGCAUAAAUAAAACAAUAGUCGGAUGCUGAGCUUGGGACUUUUACACAUAGAUUCGCAAAAUGAUACAAAUCGGCUACACAACAUAGUUUUUAAAUGAAUUUGCUCAGAAAUUUGUUAAAUAAAAUAUCUAUGAGUUUGUCGUGGCAAACCAAAUAAAAUACGAAUAGCAGUAUUCCAAGAAGUAUACAAUUCUACAAUGUUAACACAAAACAAAUCCCAUAAGUUGGAACCAUAUAGACUAGAUGCAUAUAUGUUAUAAAGCUUAACAACCAUUGUAGGUUCAGAAAAAUGAAAUUCUUGAUUCAAAGAGUGAAUUAUUGAUAUAAACUUCGCACGUUUCAAAUUACAAUCUCUGGUCAUAGAAUUAUCGGAUUGAAAUAGAUUUCCAAGAUGUUUAAAUUCAUCUACAUAUGGUAAUGGGACACCAUUUAGAAUAAUCGGACAUACAUUAUUACUAUCAAUAUUAGAUUUAUUGAAAAUAACACAUUUAGUCUUGGAUUUGUUUAUGUCCACGUUUGUACUAAACUUUAGUGCAAAUUUCUCACAUAUAUUUGUCAUUUCCAAUAACCCAUUCCUACUUGGGGACAGAAGAAUUAUGUCAUCAGCAUAAACCCAUAUUCCAAGAUUAUAUAAAUCCGAAUAUAUGAUUCGGUACAACCCUACCUGCUCCGAAUCCAGCCUGGUAUCUCGAGAUCCCUGCAGCACCUUAGACUCUAGAUCCUUGGAUGCAUACCCUCCUGUACAACCUUGGACAAAUAAUAACAACAAGGACACUUCCGGUUCCGGUUCAAAACUUAAUCAUUGUAGUGAAGAGGCAAAGACGACAAGUCCUUUACGAGUGAGACCAAGUAUUAAACAAAGUCUUGAACAGGCUAGACUUAGAAGAACUCAGGAAAAUAGAAAAUCUUUUAAUGGAGAAUACAAUGAGGAUAGAUUUGAGGAAAAACAGAGAGCAAGAUCGAAGGCAAAAGAUGAAUCAACAUUACAGGAGGCAAAUGAAGAUCUGAAAACUUCGAGGACAAGAUUACUGGUUGAAGAGUGAAGGAGAAGAACAUAAAGUUUAUCUGUGUUUUUAAUUAACAAUAAAAAUCAAUACUUUUAUACGCAAGUAAACAUAAAAAGCAAAUAUAAAUUCAGCACUGAGA